AUGCAAGAACUAUCACUUCUCGUUUUCAUAACGACGAUAUCCGUCGCCCUCGCGGCUCCAUUAGUUUCCGAGAAACGACAGCAGCCGCAGACGGUAACAAUAGUUGAACAACCAAAUGCGCCAUGGGGCCUUCAACGAAUUUCGAGCCCAGACCCAAUCCCUCUAGAGAUCAGACCCAAAUCCCGCGAAAUGGCAUUCAGAUACCAAUAUGAUCAGUCAUCUGGCCAAGGUGUCGAUGUUUAUGUUAUCGACGGUGGCGUUAACGUCACCCACCCCGAAUUUGAAGGACGAGCGAAAAUGUUAUAUAACGACUUUAAAGACGACAAUAACGAUGUAAGCGACCACGGGACGAUGGUUGCUGGUGUAAUUGGCAGUGACCCAUACGGUGUAGCUAAGAACGCCAACAUAUGGGGUUUAAGAUGUGAGAUGGGUAACGGAAAUAGGACAAGUCGAUGUCUCGCCCAAGUUCUUUUGAACCACCAAAGACGUCGGGACUUGCCGGGGUUUGCGGGGUCUGUCAUCAAUAUGUCCUUCGGAUCUUACAAGAUGUACCGAUCCUCUUUGGAAUUUGGGAAUCUGACCGCUUUGGUCCAGGCAGGUGUUCAUAUCGUUGCAUCGGCUGGGAACGAUAACAAGGAUGCUUGUGAUCACUGGCCGUCUGCUGCAAACCAGAACCCGCAAACUCAAAGUAUUAUAAGUGUGGGUGCCAGUAAUAUAUCUGAUGGAAAAGCUUACUUUUCCAACAACGGAUCCUGUGUAGACAUAUACGCCCCAGGCUGGACCCUCACUACAAUAGCUGACGGAGGGAUUCAACAAGCCUUUGGGACGUCAUUAGCUGCCCCAGCUGUUGCUGGUGUUCUUGCAAGUGAACUUGUGCUCAAUCCAAGUUUAAGACUGGACCCCAUUGGAUUGAAGCGGCACAUAUUGUCCAAGGGGGUUCCCAUACCCAGUUUGGGUGUCCUGGUGAAUACCAGAAUCAAUGAAAUGCAGUAG